AUGUCUUCCAUGCGAAAUGCCGUUCAACGGCGCAACCACCGCGAAAGAGGACAGCCUGAAGAGCGUCAGAAAUGGGGACUCCUCGAAAAGCACAAAGACUAUUCCGCGCGGGCGCGAGAUUUCAACCAGAAGAAAGCCAAGCUCAAGCAGCUGCGGCAAAAGGUGCUAGAGAAGAACCCCGAUGAGUUUUACUUCGGGAUGAUGUCGCGCAAGGGGCCGUCGACAGGGAAGAACAGUGAUGGGACGGUAGCCGGGGACCGAGGGAAUGUCGCGCUGAGCCAGGAUGCGGUGCGGCUGUACAAGACGCAGGAUUUAGGGUAUAUCCGGACGAUGCGGAAUAAGACGGCGAAAGAGGUGGCCGAGUUGGAGCAGCGGGUGGUGGGGAUCAAGGGGGAGGGCCGCAAGAUCGUGUUUGUGGAUGAUGAGGUGGAGCAGAGGGAGAGGCUGGAGGAAGGGGAUGUGGAUAUGGACGACGAGGACGAGGAUGAGGAUGGGGAGUUUGACCCCGAGGCAAGGAGGUUGAGGAGGUUGAAGGAGAGGGAGGAGGAUAGAUUGGAAGGCAGAUUGGCUAAUGCACGGCAGCGGUUAAAGGCGUUGACGGAAGCGGAAGAGGCGUUGGAUCUACAGAGGGCGAAGAUGGCGAAAUCGCCCACGGUGGGCGGGGUCAAUAAACAGGGCGUCAAGUUCAAGGUGCGAGAACGCAAGAGAUGA